AUGUGGCAAACAACAGCUCUUUGGAAGAGUUGUGAGACCGACAAGGAUUUUGCCCGGUACAGCAUGGUCAUCCAAGCCAAGACGCCCUCCACGAUAUUGAUGGGGUCGGUCGAAUCUUUCGGCCGGUCCGGUGGCUCUACCCUCAUUAAGUCGGCAGUGGGUGGCGAUGAUGACCAGCCCAAUGCACCCAACCCAAAGGACCCGGAGGUCAUGAGGUCUCAGUUGGAGGUUAUUACGAACGGAAAGCCUGACCUGAAGGGGUUUUUCGAGCAGGCCUCCAGUGACGUUGUCCAAAAGCACGAGGAUUCAAUCCAAGAGAUCCGGCAGGAUGCUGAACAGGCCAAGGCCGGGAAGACCGACAAGUCUGCCUGGAGGACGAAGUUGAGGGAGAAAAGAGAUAAGCUGGUGGAAAACUCCAAGGAGUGGAUUCUCUCAGCCUUCGCCAAGGCUGAAUCCAUGAUCGACACUUUGCCGGAACCAAUCCAGGAGCAAGCAGGUAACUGGUUCAAUGACCUGAUGGACAGCCUCACCAAUUGGCUGAGCGACGCAAUUCAGAAGAUUUCUCAGUUCGUACAUGAUGCUUUGGAAUUCAUUAAGGUCGUGUGGAACAAGACUGUUGAGCUCGCCAAGGAGGCUGCCGAGAAGAUCGCUGAGGCCUGGGAGUAUGUGAAGGAAAUAUUCCACAAAUGA